AUCCAGUGGUGCUGAGAGCUGAGGUCCGAGAGUGACCUGAGACGACACGUACAGCCUCCUUCCUUUGUCAAUUGUUCAUCGUUAGGACCGAUCUGUGACUGUGAGCUAGAUAUUAUCCAAGCCAGUAAAACAAGUGCAUAAUUAAUAAGCUGCCCCCUGGCUGACUUGAACAGCCGGAUCGAACUGAUCGAUCAAUGUUAUCCCAAGGAAGGAUGCAUUUUCUGUUGACGCCCCUAGGACUAGUAAAAUACUAGAUCUAGCAAGGCCGCACAUCCACGCCGGCGAUGUCGACGGACACGUGGGUUCGUGGGCAUUUCGGGUGGCCACUGGCCUUCUUGAUCAUCGCAUGGUCUCGCUCCUCGAGCGAUCGACGCUUCCAAGGCAGGCCCAAACAAGAACAGUGUUGUGUUGAUGAUCGCGAGAAAGCAUCGGCCACCCGGUCGAAUCUGCGGCGCCGCCGCCGGCAGAUCGCGCUCGCCACGGCACAGCCAAGGAGAACCUGACAAAACGAGAGCCCAUGAUAUAAACACGGCCGCGCUCCAUGGAGCCACCUCCCUCUUCUUCCUCGCAGCUCCCCCCAGCCUCCACCUACUCUACUACCUUACCUGUCGUUCUGCUCAAGAUAGCGUCGUGCUUCGAUCGAUUUGAAGCAAAGCUAAUAGCUAGCUGCUGCUGCUGCUGCUGCCAUGCCGUACGGCGGCGGUGCAUCCCAUCAGCAGCCAUCUUGCACCACGGUGCCGCUGGGCAAGUCGGUGCGCUGCGCGCUCCGGGCGGCGAUCGGCAUGCAGAAGAAGCCCAAGGACAAGCCGAAGCCGAGGAACCCCGGCAGGGGCGACCCGGCGUCCGCGGGCAGCGGCAGCUCCGCGGAGCUGAUCAGCUCCUUCUCCAAGGAGGCGGCGAGGAAGGAGUCGGUGGUGCGUGUGGUGCUGUCGAGCGGCGUGGUGGAGGUGUACCCGGGGGUGGUGCUGGCGUGCACCGUCAUCCAGAGGCACCUGCCGGGGCUCUGCCUGGCGCACCCGGACGUGUUCCGCAACCCGCACGGCGCGGUGCUCCGCCCGCUCGAGCCGCUCUUCCCCGGCCAGAAGUUCCUGCUCAUCCCCUGGUCCACCGUCGUCAAGCUCAAGCAGAAGAUCCCCGAGAGCUCCAUCGGCGCCUUCGCCGACGAGGACACGGGGAGCGAGGAGGCCACGUCGUCCCCGGAAACGGGAGAGGAGGAGGACCAGGACCAGGACCACAGCGGCGGCGCCGCGGCGUCGGCGGAGGAGGAGCGGCACGAUAGCAGCUUGAUGCCGGCGUGCAGCGCGCGGGAGUACUUCGUGGCCAGGGACCCGUGGUCGGCGUGCCGGUUCAGGAGGCUGGUGGAGCAGGGCCUGGCCGUGGAGCCGAGCAGAGAGGAGCAGCCGGAGCAGAGGAAGGGCAAGGCAAGGAAGAAGGGGCAGAAGAAGCGGAAGGGGAAUAGUAAGAAGCGGAGAGAGCGUCGUCCAGGUCCAGCCGCCGGGCCACUGCGGCCGGCGGGGUUGAGGGCGCUGGCGACGGCGAGGAGGACGUGGGAGCCCAGCCUGCCGUCGGUGGUGGAGGAGGAGAACGGAGGAUCGUCGGAGUUGUUCCCAAGCCAUGAUCGAUCAUGAAUGAUUCGUGAGCAGUAAGUUGUUGCACACAGUCACUCCGAUCCGAUGCUGAUGUCGUUGAAGCCACCAGCGCCACCAUCCAUCACAGCCUUGUUUGUGAUCGGAUGUUCUUUUUUUUUUUGAAAGGUUUGUGAUCGGAUGUUAACAGCAUGCAGAGUAGUAGUGCCCUGGUCCGUAUAUAUGUGCAUUUUCAAUCAGGUUUUCUGUCCGCGUCGAUCAGAAUGUAUGUAUUGGUGUCAGUAUAUGCAUGUUCCAUGACCUUGUUGUGA